GCUGUUUCACGUUUUAAAUUUUGCUCUAGCUCGUUCGUAGAGCGCCUCAGUUUACCUGGUUCAAACUAAGUUAAAUUACGAAGAAGAGUGUGUUAGUAUUACCGUAUUAGCAACGAUAUAAACUGCUGGCUAUAGCUAGUCGUAAUCUAAGAAUUAGGCUUAGAUCCAACGUGUUUUUUUUCUUUUUUUGUACUAUCUACUUAACGUCUUGGUUAGACUGUAAUUAUAAAACAGAGUUCAACGAGUAGAUUACGAAUAGGAAUUAGCAUAGGUUUGAUGAGUGUAAUGAAAAUUUAAUAAUCAUGGAAAUAACCAAAAAAAAUUUCAAGGAAGCUCUGUCUGUUGUUGAGGCUGCUAUUCAAGAAGCAUCUUUUCUUAGUAUUGAUGGAGAAUUUACAGGUUUAUGUACUGAAAUGUCUAUUCAUAGGUUUGAUACAGCAAGGGAGAGAUAUAUGAAGUUAAGAGAGACUGCUUCCAAUUUUCUCUUGAUUCAAUUUGGAUUAUCUACUUUUCAUUAUGAUGCAGAAAAAGACAGAAAAAAGUGUGAUUUAUUUUUGCAACACCCCCUUAUGUUGAUGUUUUUUCGUUAUUGUUUCUUUCAGGCUUCUAGUUUAGACUUUCUAGCAAGUCAAGGGUUCGACUUCAACAAACUAAUAAGAGAUGGGAUACCUUAUUUACUGCCAGAAGAAGAAGAAAAAGUGAAAAAUAUCCUAGUGGAGAAGCAUAAAAAUGAACAGACCAGCUCCCCAGCCAACUUGCAGCAAACUCCUGGGAGCAGAAGUGUUUUAUUUUCACCUAUCAACGUCACUGAGUUGCAUCAAGAAUUCCUCCAAAACAUAAUCCAACAAACGGAGAAGUUUUUAGCCAGUAAUGAAGAAAGUUUGGAUAUAGAACCGUGUAAUUCUUUUCUUCGAAAAUUAAUCUAUCAGUCAUUAGAGAAUAAACUUUCAUCAGGAAUUUACAUGGAAACGCAGACAACUGAGAACCAAGAGAGAUUUAUCAGAAUUCGAAAGUGUUCUGAUGAAAAAAAAGCCCAACUAAUGAAAGAUAAGCAAGAUUCUGAACUGGAGGAAUUGCAAGAAGCUGUUGGUUUUAGUAAGGUUAUUAAACUGAUAACAGAAUCUGGAAAACUUGUUAUUGGGCAUAACAUGAUUUUAGAUCUUCUUCAUAUCCUUAACCAGUUCUGUUGCCAUUUACCUGAGAGCUACGAUGACUUCAAAAACUUGACAAAUUGUGUUUUUUCAAAGCUUCUUGACACAAAGCAUUUAGCUAGUGUACAACCUCUAAGGGAUUACAUUAUUUCAACAAGCCUGAAUGAUUUGUUAGAACAGACAAGAAGGAAACCUUUUAGUGUCCCAACAGUUGAGCCAGCUGGCGAUAUCUGUGCGUAUACCACUAUAAAUGAAAAACAGCAUGAAGCUGGAUAUGAUGCCUUUAUUACUGGGCUGUGUUUUAUUACCCUUGCUAAUCAUCUAGGCUCAUUUCAGGAUCCUCCAGAAUAUCCGGUUCUUCCAGGAUCUCAACUUUUAAAGCCAUAUAUUAACAAAUUGUUUUUAGGGAAGAGCCAUGAUGUACACUUCAUUAACCUGAGUGGUAUUGAUGCCGAACCUAAACGAGACCAUGUUUUUCAUGUAACAUUUCCAAAAUCUUGGAAGACAUCAGACCUAAUUCAGUUGUUUUCUGAAUAUGGGGCGAUAUCAAUCUCUUGGCUAGAUGACGCUUCUGCUUUAAUUGCACUUAAACGUCCAGAGCACACUGCUGAUGUUUUGAAGAACCUUGUUCUGUCCAGCAACAGUGUUUACUCAGUGAAGACGUAUUUAGAUUUUAAAAACAGGCAUCAACCAAAUCUCGUGGUUGAAAGAAAAGUGUCUCCAGUUCCACACUCUGAUUUUGGAGUUCCAGUGAAGAGGCGGAGAAGUAGCAGUGGAACGUGCGAAGGAAACCUCAGUAAUCGUAGCAUCGAACCAAUUCCUGAAGAAGAUGAAGAUAACUUUUUAAACAGUCCAUCAGUGGAACCAGUAGAAAAGAAACCAAAACUCGAGAGGCCUAGCAACAGUAACUUGCCACCUUCCAAGUGUUCAAAGUUAUUUGAUGAGAAUGACAAUUGGACCUAGAAUUCUUUGUGUCUGUUUUUAAAGACACAGAAUGAAGGGAAGUUUUUUUGUUUUGAAAUAUUUGAUAAACGCUACAUGUAAUUUGAGAUUGACUAAAAGCUUUAAAGUGCUUUAAACUGUGAGUUUUUCAGGGCUCUGUGCUGUUUUAAACAUAACUUUCUGAAAUAAUUUAUGGUUCAAGAUGAAUAACUCCUUGAACAAGGAUGCCUUGGAGAAAAAAAUUAGGGGGGGUCAAGAAACUCAAGUUUGAAAAAUUAUGAAAUCGAAAUACUGAUACCUUAUGAUUUUUCCAAUCACAUAGAAGACUAAUUUUACAUAUCUAGUAAUUUUUCAUUUUUUUUUAAAUCGGGGGGGGGUGACCCCCUUUCCCCUUCCUGUGGGCACCCAUGUCCUUGAAAUAUUUUGCAUUGAAACAGUAAAUGGACGAUGUCAGAGUUUUGUGUAUUGAUGUAGAAAAAGUAUUGUUUUUUUUUUUAUGGACUACAAACAUUGUUUUAAAAUGUUUUAUUGUACAGAUUGGUGCAAGAGUUUAAAACCUUGCAUAGUUCAUUGAUCUUUGUUAUAAAUGUUUUAAACCUAUUUUCAUGGUGUAUAUGCUUUCCAUGAACAUAAAAUUUUACUAUUCCCGUCGUGUUUUUUUUUUU